CUUUAAGAGGAUGACGUAAGUCUGAUGCAGGCUCCCUGUCUCAGAGCUGAUGCUGUCCCUGUCUCAGGGCUGAAACUGGCUGGAUUUCUUUGCCUCAAUUCCUCCAGCAAUUUGCAGGAAGCAAAAGGAGAGAAGGGGGAGAAGAAUUUGGAGGAGAGAGAGGGGCGGGAGAGGCCCGUUAGAUUCAAUCUUGGGACUGUGCCAUCGAUUUCAGCUUUUGCUCCUUUCCAACUCCCUCCCCGAAACGAUAACAUUCCCACCUCCCCCCCGCUCUAUCUCCCGGCCCGUCACAUAUUGCACCUCCCCCUCCACCCUCCCAACCUCCAUCCCUGGGACCAGCCCCUCUGCAAUGAUCCAAUGCAAAAAAAUCUCUCCAGUUUUAUCAAGUCACCAGAGGGAACAGCAGCAGCAAAAGAGAGAAAUGCAGCUGUCCAGCAUCAGCCCUCUAUCAGGGUUAAAGAUUGAAGUCUCCUGUUGGGAGUGAAUCUCCGUCUCUCUCCCCGACACCCCCGGAUUGGUAUCUGGGGGCUUCUCCAGGGAGAGGUGAAUUCGGCUUCUUUCUUGGCACUGAGACAGAUUGAGUCCUUUUUUUUUACCUCUUACUCCUCCCGCCUCGCCUUCCCGUGCUGCCGGAGCAGCUGUGAAUCUCCCCGGGUCGAGCGGAGCCUGUGGUCGCUGGUGGAUCCGCAGCAAAUUCCAGGCUUCGAUAUCCUUGGGGUGGGGGGCUGCUAUGAGAGAAGGCUGGCGUUGACCUCCACGAGGGUUACCACAGCAUCGAGAGGCUGGGGGGAGGGGGCUCUCCCCCCGAAUGGAGUACAAGCAGUGGAUAGUGAGGGAGAGCACUUCGACCACUUCGCCAGCACGACGCAGCAACUGAAAGGGGGCUUGGAAGACGAGACGUCAGCAAGAGACUCUCAACAGGGUUGCCCCCACCCUCCCCACCUUUACCCGCCUGAAGCACUGCGGGGGGUGGGAGAUCAACAAGGGAAAUGCCUGCCGCCCAGUUCCAGGGGGGCCCUGAGUCCUUCCUGAGGAGCCGCACCUCCGACCUGGGCCUCCUGCUCUGGGCUUUGGAGGCCAUGACCUGCUUUGCUCUCCUGUCAUGCCAGAAGCAGGAUGAGAUGUUUCCUGUGGUCACCACCAACUAUGGCAAGCUGCGUGGUGUGAGGAAAGAGCUCAACAACGAGAUCCUAGGCCCGGUGGUGCAGUACCUCGGGGUACCCUUUGCCACCCCGCCUGUCGGUGGGCGCCGCUUCCAGCCUCCUGAGGCACCCGCCUCCUGGUCCGAUGUGCGCAAUGCCACCCAAUUUGCCCCCGUCUGCCCACAGAACAUCCAUGGCAUGCUGCCCGAGGUCAUGCUGCCCGUCUGGUUCCUCUCCAACCUGGAUGACGUGGCCACCUACAUCCAAGAGCAGAGUGAAGACUGCCUUUACCUCAACAUCUACGUACCCAUAGAGAACGGUCCACUCACAAAAAAAUCAGAUGAUAACGACGCAUUUGGCAGUCUUGAAGAUGAAGACCCCCUUCCUCUGAUGGACCGAAGGAGUCCUGGUUGGGGCCAAGCACCUACCAGCUUUGGCUCCAAGUCAACUGCUCAGCAACUGCACAGCCAGUCAAACAUUCGAGACAGUGGCCCAAAGCCAGUGAUGAUGUUUGUUCAUGGGGGAUCUUACAUGGAAGGCACAGGGAACAUGUUCGAGGGGAGUGUCUUGGCGAGCUAUGGAAAUGUUAUCGUUGUCACCAUAAACUACAGACUGGGCGUCCUCGGGUUCCUGAGCACAGGAGACAUGGCCGCCAAGGGUAAUUACGGCCUGCUCGAUCAGAUUCAGGCCUUACGGUGGCUCAGCGAGAACAUUGGCUUUUUUGGCGGUGACCCCAUGAGAAUCACUGUAUUUGGAUCGGGUGCUGGUGCUUCCUGCGUUAACCUCCUGAUUCUCUCUCACCAUUCUGAAGGUAACCGUUGGAGCAAUUCAACAAAAGGUCUUUUCCAGCGAGCCAUUGCUCAGAGUGGCACUGCCAUAUCAAGCUGGUCGGUCAAUUAUCAACCUGCCAAAUACACACGCAUCCUCGCCAAGAAAGUGGGCUGUAACUUCCCCGAGACGGUGGACGUGGUGGAAUGCUUGCGGCGGAAGUCUUACCGUGAGUUGGUUGACCAGGACAUCCAGCCUACCAGAUACCACAUCGCCUUUGGGCCAGUUGUCGAUGGCGAUGUGCUCCCGGAUGAUCCUGAGAUCCUGAUGGAACAGGGUGAGUUCCUCAACUACGAUAUCCUACUGGGGGUUAACCAGGGCGAGGGCUUCAAGUUUGUGGAGUCCCUGGUGGACAACGAGGAUGGCAUCUCGGCCAGUUAUUUCGAUUUUGCUGUGUCGAACUUUGUCGAUAACCUGUAUGGGUAUCCGGAGGGUAAGGACAUCCUGCGGGAGACCAUCAAGUUCAUGUACACUGACUGGGCGGACCGCGAUAAUGGCGAGAUGCGCCGUAAGACUCUGCUGGCGUUGUUCACCGACCACCAGUGGGUAGCACCUGCCAUCGCUACUGCCCGCCUCCACGCCGAAUACCAGUCACCUACCUAUUUCUACACCUUCUACCAUCACUGCCAGAGCGAGAUGAAGGCUGUGUGGGCUGACGCUGCACAUGGUGAUGAGAUCCCGUAUGUCUUUGGGAUCCCUAUGAUUGGCGUCACAGAGCUUUUCCCCUGCAACUUUUCCAAGAACGACGUAAUGCUCAGCGCCGUGGUGAUGACCUACUGGACCAACUUUGCCAAGACUGGAGAUCCCAACAAGCCGGUCCCCCAAGACACAAAGUUCAUUCACACCAAGCCAAACCGCUUUGAAGAGGUAGCCUGGACGAAGUUCAACUCCAAAGAGAAGCCCUACCUCCACAUCGGCCUGAAGCCACGAAUUCGGGAGCACUACCGAGCCAACAAGGUGGCGUUCUGGCUGGAGCUGGUGCCCCACUUACACAAUCUCCACGACAUUCUGCAAUACACCUCAACCACCACCAAGACCCCUCUUGAAGACCCCUUCAUGACAAAGCGGGCCAAUGGCAAAGGCUGGACAGUCACUACCAAGCGCCCAUUUGUCACCUCCCCUCCCGAGCAGGAGCACACAGAAGAGCCACCCAACUACGCCCGCCUGCCCAAGGACUCGCGAGACUACUCAACAGAGCUGAGCGUCACCGUGGCAGUGGGGGCCUCGCUGCUCUUCCUCAACAUCCUUGCAUUUGCUGCCCUCUACUACAAACGGGACAAGAGGCACGAGCUGCACCGCAGACUCAGCCCCCAGCGCAACACCACCAACGACCUCGCCCAUGCCCAGGAGGAGGAGAUCAUGUCACUUCAGAUCAAGCACAGCGAACAUGAGGGCCAUGACCUGGAGCCCUUGCGGCCCCAUGAGAUCCUGCGCCCAGCCUGCCCACCCGACUACACCCUGGCGCUGCGGAGGGCACCUGAUGACGUCCCUCUAAUGACCCCCAGCACCAUCACCAUGAUCCCCAGUACCAUUAGCGGGAUGCAGCCCCUCCACUCAUUCAACACCUACGCGGCUGGGCACAACAACACGCUGCCUCACCCGCAUUCAACCACCCGAGUAUAGUCAGGACAUCGCCUGAGCCUUUGCCCAUGCUGCCAAGGGAGAAGGAAACACAAAAGGCCACUCGAGAACGUGCUAGACCGAGGUUCAACCAUUUUUGACAAAGCUUUUCCUUUCGGAAUACGAAGUGUGACUAGAAUAAUUAGAAUAUUUUUCAAGAGAUUUGCCCCACCCCACCAACAUGACCCCUUCUUAUAAUCUCACACACUUUUUUUGAGGUGGGGCGGGGCGGUGAAUGAAACCUUCCCCUUCUAUUACCCCCACUAUCUCUGAGGAAUCAUUGAAACAGCGCACCAGUGUCAAGGCCUACCUGCAGUCCAAUUAUAAUUUAAUUACAGGAUCGAAUAAUUACCAAAAAUCAAAUUUGAUUCUUUUUAAAAUGUGAUUGUUUAGAGGAUUGCAUGGUAUUAACUUGAUAAUUUGAGCGUCUGAUUGUUUCUUUCUUUAAUUUUGAUUUUUAACCCCUGAGGAAAUUUAUUUUGACAACAAGUCAUAGUAACUCAAAAGUGAGCUAUUUUGUACAGCACAUUCCCCUUCAUUUCUUUUUCAUUUAAAAAGGUAUAUCUGGUGUGUUAAAAGAGAUUUAAAAAUAAACUGACAAAAAUGGAUUUUAAAAUUUAAAAUAAACAACAGCCAAUUCAGGGAAAUUUUCCCUCUGAUAUGGCAAAUUGCAAUGGGACCAACUGGGGUUUUUUUUUCCAUGUAGCCUCAGCCACAAGGAGUAGGUCCAAAACGUUUCCAGAACUUGUAUUUCACUGUGGAAUGCAAGUGAUUUUCCAGAGGAGCACCAUGACAUUUAUAAAAUUCCUCAGAGGUGCAAGCAAAAUAAUUCCUGAAUCGCCACCAUGACCUGUGUUGUCGGAGCUGGAAACAAAAUGAACAAAAUGGUAUCAGCUGGUCAGUCAGGGACGCCAGCUGGGGGAAAUACCCCAUUUUUACUUCACCGCACCCCAACCAGCAGCCAUCCUCACCACAUUCAACCUUCUCUCCCCGUCCCAUUAACUCUCUUGCGUUGGCGGAGUAGAUGGACAAAGACGCACAAGGAAAGGACGUCAGUUAUUUUUGUAACAUAUUUACACCUAGGCCUUGACCAGUAGCUGCCCAGGUCUUUCUUGACAAAGCUCGGAGGGCAUUUUUGAGAGUCAGAGAAGCGGGUUCAAACCGUGCCCAGCAACAGUCGUCAGUGCCCAAGGAGUGUUAACUGACUCACCAUCAAGAAUUGAGGCAAGAAUUGUGACGCAAAGGACUGGGGACUCUCGUUAGGCCCAUCCACUCGCUGAGUGACUCCCCUCCACUUUGUACUUUCCCAACGGGAGCAAUAGCUUGCAUCUCAUCUCUCUCUGCUAAAAAAAACACAAUCAUGGUUAACUUUUGAUAUGAAAAAGAGUUCGUAUGAAAGUAAAAGGAGAGACUGACAUAACAUGGAGAAACACAUGAUAUUUUUACCUGAGAAGGAGGGAAAAACACAGGGAGGGACAAUUGAAAUGUUUAUUUAGACAUAUGUUCUGUGGGUUUAGUUUUCAAUUAUGACUGGUUUCAUAGCGAGAGCUGCCCAGGAGGCUUACAGAGGUCACCCUUCAAUGAAAAUGCACUGGUUAAAACUGUAUAACUUUGUCAUGCAUUGCCCAGACUAUAGAGAAAGGAGUAACACAAUUUAAGGAAAAUAGUAUUGCUGCAAUUCUUGGGCAUCAUUACUUCCUUGAGAUGACCACCCUAGAUUGUGGGGCAAUUCGCUUACUACCCAAUCCUAUGGACACUCACAACAGGCCUUGGUCCUUGCAUUGCGGAACAGUGAACUUGUGCCCAUUUCUCUGUCUUUUCCUCCCUUUUUGUCUCUCCUUUCUUCUCUUUUUAUCCUUUGUUUUUAAUGAGAGGGCUCAUUAGCAGACGUUAAGUUUGUGAUUACCAGUAAAGAAGCGAAAAAUAACACAUUAGUUUUGUUCGCUUAACAGGUGGGAGCAGACUGUUUGUAAAAAGAAAAUGGAAUUUUAACACAUUGCUGGGCCACGUUUGUUGGCCUCGUCACUACAAUUUUGGAUGUGGAAUUGAGUUUGUGGGAAGUAGAUGAGAUGCUGCCAGCCCUCCUGUAUCCAUUCCCGCCCCUUGCAACAUUCACCCGCCCACACGCUGAGCGAGCCAUACUGUCACACCCCAAAUGUCAAACCCUGCCACCUGUCAGUUGGCGUCUCAUAUAUAUGUCUUCAUAUAAGCUUUUAAUUUGGUCUGGAGGUCCCGAGAGCACUAAACCCAUUCCCAGCAUGCAGACGGAGGCCAUUCAGUUUGUCUUAUAUAUGACAGGUGGCUUCAUUGUCCUAAAUGCCUUUUUUUUGUUAUACCUUUUUUCUUUAUUUCUGAAUGCACUUCUCCACAUGAUCGGGUGGCGCAAGAGGAAAUGUUUCUCCUGGGGAGGGGAGGAGGUGGUGGAGGGGUCCCAUGGUGGGAGAGGUUCUGGUGAUCCUGGCUUCAAUACCUGGGGCCUCAGAUUGAGAAAGGGAGGAGGCUGGAAUUCACUAAUUGGAUCCAUUCCCCUGAUCCCAGAUAACGGGGGCAUUUGCUGAAGUGAGAUUGAAACUUUUUGCAAAGAAAUGUGACAGAUGCCAAGAAGGAAGAUUGUAUUUUCUUCCCCCCGUCCUGUUUGGUUGACAGCCGAUUGACAUACCAUUGACCGCUGAAGGGCCUGAGCACUUGGAGUGGUUGCCAGACCAAUGCCAAACUUUGUUCAUAGAAUAAUAAAAUAUUUUAAAAUGUUUACAAA